CCGGCGACCCGUCUAGCAGGGCGGGGCUCUUCGACCGGUUUGACAGGGCGGGGCGCCUCGCGAAGAUGGUGGCAAGCACGGCGUGUUUCUCUCGUCGUCUGCCCAAGGCUCAGCUCAGCUCACCAGCCGGCGUCUCGCUGGUCUGGAGCCCCAGCCCGCCGGGUCCCUGACCCCGCGCCCCACUUGCGCCGGAUACCCGGCAUGCCUCGCGCCCGUAAGGACAGCGCGCCCCGCAAGGGCGGUCAGCGCCGCAGAGGAGGUGCCCGGAGCAGUAUCCAAGCUGACUCAGGUUCCAGUGAGGACGAGGCAGCCAGUGAGGCCCGCAGCACCACCAGUGAUUGCCCCAGCCUUCUUAGCACCGUCGCAGAGGACAGCCUUGGGGGGGAUGCCGUGGAUGAGCAGGGCCAGCAGGAAGACCUUGAGGAGAAGGUGAAGGAGUAUGUGGACUGCCUCACAGAUAAGAGUGCCAAGACCCGGCAAGGUGCUCUAGAGAGCUUGCGCCUGGCCCUGGCGUCCCGCCUACUCCCUGACUUCUUGCUGGAACGCUGCCUUACACUGGCCGAUGCCUUGGAAAAGUGCCUUAAGAAAGGGAAGGGCGAGGAACAGGCCCUGGCCGCUGCCGUGGUAGGCCUGCUCUGUGUGCAACUGGGCCCUGGACCCAAGGGCGAGGAGCUGUUCCACAGCCUGCAGCCCCUCCUGGUCUCCGUGCUCAGUGACAACACAGCUAGCCCUGCUGCCCGCCUCCAUUGCGCUUCUGCCCUGGGCGUGGGCUGCUACGUGGCUGCCGCUGAUGUCCAGGACCUGGUCUCUUGCCUCACCUGCUUGGAAGGUGUUUUCAGCCGGUCCUGUGGUGUGAGCGGUCCCACAGCCCCAGUGGCCCCUGCCAGCCUGCAUGGCCUGUUCUGUGCCGUCCUACAGGCCUGGGCAUUGCUACUCACCAUCUGCCCCAGCACCCAUGUCAGUCACAUCCUGGACAGGCAGCUGCCCCGGCUGCCCCAGCUCUUGUCCAGCGACAGUGUGAACCUGAGGAUCGCUGCCGGCGAGACCAUCGCGCUGCUCUUUGAGCUCGCCCGGGACCUUGAGGAGGACUUCAUUUACGAGGACAUGGACGCCCUCUGCAGUGCCCUGCGCACUCUGGCCACUGACAGCAGCAAGUACCGUGCCAAAUCUGACCGUCGGCGGCAGCGCUCUACUUUCCGUGCCGUGCUGCACUUUGUGGAGGGCGGCAACUGUGAAGAAGAGACAGUCCGCUUCGGCCUCGAGGUGCUCUACGUGGACAGCUGGGCUCGGCGUCGCAUCUAUGCCGCCUUCAAGGACGUGCUGGGGUCAGGCAUGCACCACCACCUCCAGAACAACGAGCUACUCCGUGACAUCUUUGGCCUGGGCCCUGUGCUGGUGCUGGAUGCUACUGCCUUGAAGGCCUGCAAGACCUCACGUUUUGAGAAGCACCUGUACAACGCCGCUGCCUUCAAAGCCCGGACCAAAGCACGCAGCCGCAUGCGGGACAAGCGGGCAGACAUCCUGUGAGACAGGACCAGCCAAAGGGGAGACUAUUCUUGCCUGUAUUUUUGACAGAAGACAGUACAACAACUGGUCCAUUCCAAAAUUGUCGCUUUAAUUUUUUUAAUGACAAAACCAAAAAAAGACAUGGGGGUAGGUGGCUGGAGGCCAGGCCACUUGGCAUCCUGGCCCUUUGCCCCUGCACUCAGCCCUACGGCCUCUUUUAGCCCUGUCUCAGGCCUGGCCAGGUGUGUGCCUGUCCCACAGCUAUGGGCCAGGCAGUAGGAGGGUUGUCUCUUCCUUUUUCUCCUUUCUCAGGCCUUGCUCCUCUGGGAUGAACCACUUCUUUGGGGGGGGUGGCACAGAUGCCACCACAGGUGGGUAGAUGAGGCUAUCCAGAAUGGAUUUAUGUGCUGAUUUUUAAAGAUUAGAGAUAAGUAAACUGAAAACUCAGCUUUCUGUGGA